UGGAGUCGAACGGCGCCAUAGGAACGCAUUCUAUUGUACAUCGGCCGACUUGUGCGAAUUUGCUAAACCCUUGUUCCUCCUCCUCCUCCUCCUCCUCCCUCGAGCAGUCUCGAGAGCGAGAGCGAGAGUGAGAGAGAAACUACUAAUCGUCGCCGGAAGCAAACGUAGCAUCAUGGCCACUCCCGAAGUUCCCCUAUGCUAUGUAGGAGUUGCCAAAAAGUCCGCCGCCUUUCGCCUCAUGAAACAAAUGGGAUGGGAAGAAGGCGAAGGUCUUGGCAAGGACAAACAAGGGAUCAAAGGCCAUGUUAGGGUUACGAACAAGCAAGAUAAUCUUGGUGUUGGUUUAGAUAAGCCAAACGAAUGGGCAUUUGAUACUACACAGUUUGAUAAUAUUCUCAAAAAGUUGAAAGUGCAAGCAACACAAACAAAACAUGAUGAAGAGGAGGAUGAUGAAGAAACAGACUUACCAAAGGACAAUACUGAAAAAACUGUCAAGGCUACACGUCCCCAAGAAAGAUACAAGAGAAGAGAGAGAGGAAAGCUUGUGAAUGCAUACUCUGCUCAGGAUCUUGAAGGAAUCCUUGUCAAAAAGACUGAUGUGAGUCCAGAGUCUGAGUCUGUUUGUUAUGAGGAUGGAGAGUUAGAGCUGGUGGAAGCAUCUGAUUAUCCUGAAGCACAAGUUGAAUAUGAAAAGGAAAUUUCUCCAGACUGGUGGGGUAACAAAUUUGGAUUUGUGUCUGGAGGAUUACUUGGAGCACAAUCCAAGAGAAAGAAGUCCAGCAGCACAUCAGAAAUCACUCAAAAUAGUAACAAAAGGACUGCAUUUUAUGAAGAGGAUCAAGAGAAUCUUUACAAACUUGUACAAGAUAAAGCAACUUCUGGAAAACAGGGACUUGGUAUCAAGGAUCGCCCAAGGAAAAUAGCAGGGGUUCGUUUUCAAGGGACAAAAACGUCUUUUAGUGAUAGUGAGAGGGAGGAAUCCGAGUCUGAAGAUGACCAUUCUUUAAAGAAACAAAAAAUUGAUGAUGUGUCAGAAUCAAAAGUGAAGCUAAAGAAACUCUGCAGAAAGCUUCUUACCCAAGUACCUGAGAAAUCAUUGAAGCUUAAAAAACUCAAAGUUCUUAUCGAUGAAAACUCUUCAAUUUUUUCCAAUUUCUCUUCAAAGAAGGAUGCUCUUGAAUUUUUGAGACAGAAGCUUGAACGCAGUGAAAAGUUUACUGUGGAAGGGAAGAGAGUCAGUCUCUCAUCAAAGUGAGAACAAAUAUUUUUGGACAAUUUCAAAGUGUAGAGUUUUGCUAAGGCUUGUAAUCGUAUCGAGUUUCACAAUUGGAUUUGUUAGCAGGUAAUUAUUAUUAUUAUUAUUCUUAUGAGAAUAUAGUCUUGAAAAUUUUGAACACAUCUAUUUAGGGAAUUUUGAUGUGUCUUAUUUUAUUAUAACAGUUGUACCCUUUGUCAUACUUGACUUAGUAUAUUAUGGACGAG